UGCUUAUUUUCAUUCUGCAGCCACACUUAAUUAUGUUAGAUCAAUACUUAACUCAGGAUUUGCGGAUCUACAUAAUCUGAAUGAAUGGUCCCUUAAUCAUGUUCGUUCCAAAGGAACGCGUCAGGAGUAUCAAACGAUAGUUGAUCGUCUUCUAGAUUCAUUAGAUUUCAUGAAGACAAUUGGAGCAGAUGUACCAUCAUCUCCUAUGUCUUAUUCAUUAAAUAGUGUCGAUUUGUUUAUGUCACAUGAAGGAUUAAUACUUGAAUAUGAACAAUGUAUGACUCGUUUAUUAAAAGAUCCAGAAACAGGAAUUUCAAAUUGGUAUAAUGUAGGAGCACAUUUUUUAUGGAUAGGUGAUAGAACUAGACAACUUGAUGGAGCACAUGUAGAAUAUUUUCGUGGAAUUCGUAAUCCUAUUGGAAUUAAAGUGGGGUCUAGCAUGAAAGCAGAUGAACUUAAAAAAUUAUUGAAUAUAGUAAAUCCUAAUAAAGAAAUUGGAAAGGUGACAUUAAUUACACGUUACGGAUGUGAUAAUGUAGAAAAUUUCUUGCCAGAUCACAUUAAAGCUGUCAAAGAAUCAGGUCAUAUUGUUGUUUGGACAUGCGACCCAAUGCACGGAAAUUCAGGUGUAAAGACUCGAUAUUUUAAUUCAAUAAUGGAGGAACUUUAUAAAGUGAUAAAAACUCAUAAAAGUAAUGAAAGUCAAUUAAAUGGUGUACAUUUUGAGCUUACAGGUGAAGGUGUAACUGAAUGUAUCGGAGGAUCUAUGGAAUUAUCAGACGUAGAUCUUGAACAAAAUUAUAAGACUCACUGUGAUCCAAGACUUAAUUAUGAGCAAAGCUUAGACGUGGCAUUUUUGAUUGCAAAACAUUACGAAAAGGAGCGAAAUGAAUCUCUUCCUUUGUAG